AUGCCAGACCGCAAGAAGUUUGACAAGCUGGCGAACGCAAGUCAGAGGGAGAUUGCAAGGAAGAUUGGAGUCGUGGAGAGCUACUGGGAGGUCAAGCUGGCUCAAGCAAUCGAUGAAGAUAUCAGGCCGCAAGACGCAGACCCAAGAGAGUGGGGUCGCGGCCUACACGACGCGCUACCUCAACUAGCCCAAGUGACGAUUGGCAAUGCAUCUCUGGCGAACGCCUUCCUCCGCGUCGAGGUCAACCGCCGACUUCAAGGUUUGGUGCGCCAUGCUUACAGCGACAGCCUCAGCAUCGUUGCUGGAGACGUCAAGCGAGCUGCUCAAGCUGUCACUGACGCUGCAAGAGCCACCAACAUCACUCAAGCAACCACUCACAUUCCCGAAGCUGCCGAUGCUGCCGACGAUGAUGACGAUAGUGGACACUAUUCGCCGUCGCCUAGCACAACCGGCUCUGCUUCUCAUGCGCGGAUGUCCGUCACCCGCUUCCGGGCCGCAGCGGCCAGCGCAACCCAAGCAGUGCCGGUUAAACGUUCGGAGGCUAUCGCUGAAGCUCAGCGUGUCCUCACCGCGACAACAGAGAGCCUCGACGGUCUUCAUCGGCAAGACCUUCAACAACCACUCCAGCAACCCUUCCAACAGGCCUGUCAGCACGUUCCUGAACACCAUACGCCGACAACUCCCGCAGGCCAUGUGGUGGAUCUAACAGUGGACCCACAACAGCAACUUCCCCAACAUUCUUUCCAGCACAUCUCCGAGCGACAUGCCCCAACGAUUCCCGCCGUGCAGAAAACGGAGAGCGCAGAUGACUUCCGCCCGCAAGCCUUUCAGCAAACUGCUCAGCAUGCCCCUGGUUACCCUGUGCCAGCAUCCCCCGCAGCGUUCACUGUAGCCCAGGCUGACAUUGAAAUGGCUGACGUCAGUGAGAUGGACAUCAUGAGGCUAGAGUACGAACUCAAGCAGCACCAGAUUGAAGCAACGAAGCUAAAGCUUGCUAUGCUGCGCGCAAGGUAA